UGCCGAUGCGCCGUCUACGCGGCCUUUUCCAGUCCAGUCCAGUCUCUGAAGGUCUCGAAUGCUUCCCCGAUUGCGGAAAAACGCCUGGCGGGGAGCUGACCAGGGCUUCAAAACUGGUGAGAGUUUCACCGAUAACUCUCAGAAGGUCUCACAUGCUUCCCCGAUUGCGGAAAAAAACGCCUGGCGGGGAGCUGACCAGGUCUUCAUGCGGAGGGAGGAGCGGCUCACUUGGGAGGCCCGCCCUCGGUCGGAGGGCUGGUCAUGAGCACGUGCAUUCCGAAGGAGGAGGCCGGAAAACACCACCCAACACCACAGGAUGGUUGGGGAAAAGAGUGGUGGCCGCUUUUUUCUGUGGGGCGAUCUAGGCACUGGUGCGUGGGAAAACGUGGCGCUCGAGCGCCAAAGGGUUGGGGCUGCCAUGAUGUAGUCGGCUGUCCUCUUCAGGAAUGUAGCCGCAACCUUACAAGAAGACUGUGCCGCCUGUGUCGGACCAGACUAGGCAGUUACUGAUGCUAUGAUGAGAGACAAAAAAACGUGGCUUCUCGAAGCCAAAGGUGAGUUGGCGUAGUGUCGCCCUGUAGAGUAGCCUGAUGAUACAGGCUGCGAUAUGGCAUACGGCGCGUCAGGGAGCGAGGAGGAGGGAGGGAGCUUAUAGGAAGGCCUCAACCUCCGCGUCGUGCUAAAUACGGUGAUCCGACUCGUGCUCACCGAUCUCUGCGACCUGCUCCGACACGUUGGCCUCAACCUCCGCGUUGUGAAUGCCGCGCUCGGGUGUUGGCGUAGUGUCGCUGUGCAGAGUAGCCUGAUGAUACAGGCUGAACCCUUUGCUCCAGCGUAUUGCGAGGGAUAGCUGUGCGGCGCGUCAGGGAGCGAGGAGGAGGGAGGGAGAUUAUAGGAAGGCCUCAGGCUCCGUGUCGUGCUAGAUCUCCGCGACCUGCUCCGACUAGUUGUACUCGUUGUCCUCAACUUCCGCGAUGUCAAUGCCGCGCUCGGGUGUUGGGCUCCUGCCACGGCCAGGACCUUCGAGCCCCACCAGGCAGCCCAGCGCGACGCCGCAGACCAAGAACAAGAUCAAAAAGAAGAAGAUCAAGACACCAGCGACGACUCCAAUUAAUCCCCAUGGCUCGGUGGUGGCUGCGGUGUUUGACGUGUCCCAACUCGUGCUCGUAUCGGCGGUCGUCGUGGUCGCGGAACUCAUGCCCGUAUCGGCGGUCGUCGUGGUCGCGGAACUCGUGCCCGUAUCGGUGGUCGUCGUGGCCGUCUUUGUGGUCGUCGCGGUGGUCGUCUCUUCACCGAACACGUACGCGGAGCCUGAUUGGGGGCCCUGGUCGUCGUCCCAGGCGCUCCCCACCACCACGCGGGCCCCGUCGGAGCUCACGGCCACCGAGUAACCGAACUGGUCGAAGUCGGCCCCAUCACUCGCCACAAGCUUGAGCAGCCUCUCGCCGGUGGUACCGUCGAGCACGUACGCGGAGCCUGAAGAGGAGCCCUGUUCGUCGUCACCAGAGGCCCCCACCACCACGAUGGCCCCGUCGGAGCUCACGGCCACCGAGUAACCGAACUGGUCGCCUGCGGCCCCAUCACUCGCCACAAGCUUGAGCAGCCUCUCGCCGGUGGUACCGUCGAGCACGUACGCGGAGCCUGAAGUGGAGCCCUGGUCGUCGUCAUAAAAGGCCCCCACCACCACGCGGGCCCCGUCGGAGCUCACGGCCACCGAACGACCGAACUGGUCGCCUGCGGCCCCAUCACUCGCCACAAGCUUGAGCAGCCUCUCGCCGGUGGUACCGUCGAGCACGUACGCGGAGCCUGAAUUGGAGCCCUGGUCGUCGUCACCAGCGGCCCCCACCACCACGAUGGCCCCAUCGGAGCUCACGAGCUCACGGCCACCGAGUAACCGAACUGGUCGAAGUCGGCCCCAUCACUCGCCACAAGCUUGAGCAGCCUCUCGCCGGUGUUACCGUCGAGCACGUACGCGGAGCCUGAAUUGAAACCCUGGUCGUCGUCACCAGAGGCCCCCACCACCACGAUGGCCCCGUCGGAGCUCACGGCCACCGAGUAACCGAAAUAGUCGCUUCCAGCCCCAUCACUCGCCACAAGCUUGAGCAGCCUCUCGCCGGUGGUACCGUCGAACACGUGCACGGAGCCUGAAAUGGAGCCCUGGUCGUCGUCACGGUAGGACGCCACCACCACGCGGGCCCCGUCGGAGCUCACGGCCACCGAACGACCGAACCAGUCGCGUGCGGCCCCAUCACUCGCCACAAGCUUGAGCAGCCUCUCGCCGGUGGCACCGUCGAGCACGUACGCGGAGUCGUCAUAGUAGUAGGCGCUGGCCCCUACCACCACGCGGGCCCCGUCGGAGCUCACGGACACCGAACCACCGAACUUGUGGUCGCCAUCACCCGGCAAGAGCUUGAGCAACUGCGCGCCGCUGGUAGCCUGGCGCCUGCCGAACUCGGCCUGCGGCUCGCGAAGGCGACCGUUCGCCGAGCCCUCCAGCCUCGGGCGGGCCAGCGUCCCGCUCGCCGGCGACCCGGCGCUCGGGGCGCCGCGCGCUACCAGCAGCAGGAGCAGCGCGCCGACGCUGUGAGACGUGAGAAGGCGCAUCAUGCCGUCUGCAGAUGUGCUGACAGAAACGAGAGACGCCCGAAGGGAGCCCUUGGAGGCCGGCGACGGCCCCUCGGAACCUUGAGCCAAAAUUGUUACGG